UCCUGGUCACAGUAAAAGUCACUUUUUGCGGAACUGCUCAUCGCUAUUGUAUAAUGCCGCCUCUGCGAUGGUGCAAAUCUUUAAAUUCCUGUUAAAGUCCAGCAAAUCUCCCGGUCGUGCCCAUUUCCGGCCCACUUUUCUGGACAAUCUGCGGUUGGCAGUUCGUGGAGGCCAUGGUGGGAAUGGAUUGCCCAAGUACGGAGGAGUCGGUGGUCAAGGCGGUUGCGUUUACUUGGUGGCAAAGGAAGGACUUACCCUUCGCAAGGUCGUCCAGGGAUUGAAGGACAAGCGAGUGGCAGCAUCUAGUGGCGAGGAUAGCAGCAAGGCAAGCAUCUUUGGACGCCGUGGACUCGACCAGAGAAUCGAGGUGCCUGUAGGCGUUCAGGUGUAUGACGACCAACAGAAACUUAUCGCCGACCUCAACGAGCACGCGGCCACGUGCAUUGUGGCGGGCGGAGGUACUGGCGGAUGCACGGCCACAAAUUUUCUGGGACGUCCCGGGGAGAAUCGCACGGUAAAUCUGGACCUAAAGCUCAUAGCAGAUGUGGGACUUGUGGGAUUCCCCAACGCAGGCAAGAGCACCCUUUUAAAAGCCGUAUCUAAUGCCAAACCAAAAAUUGCAGCCUAUCCCUUUACCACCAUUCGACCUCAGAUUGGAACCAUCGAGUACAGCGACCUGCGCUCCAUCACAGUGGCCGAUCUUCCUGGUCUGAUCGAGGGAGCUCAUGCGAACUUUGGCAUGGGUCACAAGUUCCUUAAGCACAUAGAACGCACCCGCCUGCUCGUCUUCAUGGUGGAUAUAUUCGGCUUCCAGCUGAGUCCCAGGCACCCGCAUCGCGACUGUUUGGAAAAUGUGUAUGCGCUCAACAAAGAGUUGGAGCUCUACGACCCAUCGCUUCUGGAGAAGCCCAGUGUCCUGCUGUUGAACAAAAUGGACAAGGAGGGUGCCCACGAGAUCCUCACCAAAGUUAAGCCGUUCAUCAAUGACUUGGCCAGCGGGCUUGAACAGUGUCCCGAAGAACUGCGUCCGAAACAGAUACUUAAGUUUGAAAGCAUUGUCCCCAUAUCGGCCAUAAACUCGUCGAAGAUCCCGCAAGUGAAAUCGCAACUUAGGAGGACCCUUGUGCGGCUGGCUGAGAAACAAUUCCUGGCGGACGAGGAUCAGGUUAGGGAAAAGCUAAAGCAGCGCGUUAGCCUGGUAGGUCCCAAAAUUACCUAGUUGUUAAUAUAUGUAUUUUGUAUGCGAUUUAUGAAAUUAAAUUACCUUUAAACAGCGUAAUUCUAUAAUAUUUAAAGCAAAUA